AUGAUUGCAGUAGAGACGCAGAUAUCGAAUACAUCUCCAGACGCCGACCGGCGCCAAACGGGGAAGACGCCCUUGCAAUUGAUUUCCCAAGGUGCUUGUCUCCCUGGAAUUCCAAGCCAUCCAACGUUCACUGCUCAUAGAAAAUGGAUCUUGGAGCAAAUGGCACUUGCCUUCCGGGUUUUUGCACGAAAGGACUAUACUGAUGGGAUGGCCGGUCACAUUUCUGUACGCGAUCCGGAGAACCCUCACACAUUCUGGACGAACCCACUAGCUGUGCAUUUUGGAAUAUUGAAGGCGAGCGAUAUGAUCCUGGUCAACUACGAGGGUAUCCCAAUUGGCGGGAACAUGAGCCGCCCGGCCAAUGCCGCGGGCUUUUUAAUUCACAGUGCUGUACAUAAAGCUCGACCUGACGUUGAUGCUGCUUGUCAUACCCAUAGCCCCCAUGGGAUGGCAUGGAGUGCUUUCGGACGACCUUUGGAAAUGUUGACGCAGGAUGCCGCUUACCUCUACGGUGAUGCACAGGCGGUUUACAAGGACUUUGGAGGUGUUGUUCUUACGGAAGAAGAGGGCAAUAAAAUUGGAGAGGCUCUAGGGAACAAAGGCAAGGGCAUGAUUCUACAGAACCAUGGUCUGCUAACAGUAGGCUCCACUGUCUCCGAGGCAUGCUUCUUGAUGACCCUCAUGGAGCGUGCCUGCCAGUGCCAGCUACUUGCUGAGGCUGCCGAAGCAAAUGGCCUGAAAAAGGUGUAUAUUCCCGAAGAAAGCGCAAGAUACACGUUCGAAAAUUCCAGCGAUGCUGAGACACUGUACUGGGAGGGCCAGCCAGACCUUCAGUUUGAAGAAUAUAUGAGCAAAGGGGAGCAUAGAAACUGA